AAGAGAAAAAAAGUGUGACGUUUAUCUAAAUCAAGUGUCAGUGUCAAAGCCAUGUGUAUUGUGUAUUUGUCGGUUUGUCGAUCUUGUAGAAGAAACACUGGUCAGAAAACUAAAGAUAUAAAUGAUUUUUUUAACUGUUCAUGACCAAGACAGUUUAAUAAUAAAUAGCUUCAGCAAACUAACAAAUAAUGUCUCUGCCACAGAAAAAGUAUUACAGACAACGUGCUCAUUCUAACCCAAUCGCAGAUCAUUGUUUUGAUUACCCAGCUCACCCGGAUGAUUAUGAUUGGUCUGCUUUGUAUCCUAUGAUAAAUAAUGAUGAGUAUAAGAAUAGAAAGGUAGAGUUUUUAGAUGUUGGCUGUGGAUAUGGCGGUCUUUUAGUUACACUAUCACCAAUGUAUCCCAAAAGCUUGAUGUUAGGUUUAGAGAUACGAGUAAAGGUAUCUGAUUAUGUUAAUGACAGGAUUCAAGCACUGAGAGUACAACAUACUGAUCAAUACCAAAAUGUGGCUGUGUUACGAACAAAUGCUAUGAAAUAUUUGCCAAAUUUCUUCCAUAAAGGACAACUGAAAAAGAUGUUCUUCCUUUAUCCAGACCCACAUUUCAAGAAGGCAAAACACAAGUGGAGAAUUAUCAAUAAGUGGUUGUUGUCUGAGUAUGCUUACGUCUUAGCUGAACAGGGUAUUGUCUACACUAUUACAGAUGUGAAAGAUUUAAAUGAAUGGAUGGUAUUUCAUUUUGAAGAACAUCCAUUGUUCGAAAGGAUACCAGAUGAAGAAUUGAAAUCAGACCCAAUAGUGGAUAAAUUAUAUGAGAGUACAGAAGAAGGUAAAAAAGUGACUAGGAACAAUGGCGACAAAUUUGUUGCAGUAUUCAGAAGGAUUCCUGAUAAAGUUUAAGUGUAAAAUUCAUUGAUUGAAUUAUAUAAGCACUUUAUUUUAUUAUACUUAUUAAUUACAUAAUAAAUUGAUACAAAAAAUCUAUUUCAAUAUUAAUAUUCUACAUAGUUCCAAAAGCUAAGCUUGGAUUAGAAUUGUAAUAUGGCCUCAUGCAG